GUGAGCUGGUGGAAUAAAGAAAUUCGCUAUAAGUUUUUAUUUAUUACAGCUGCGUGGGGUGUUUGCGAAAAAGUAAAAUGAGAAAUUUGAAAUUUUAUUGCCAAUAGCUCAUUUCUCCAGACGUUCUGAUACAAACAAAACUGAAAGUUUGCAUUUGCAACUGUGCAGGUUUUCACUAAGAAGUUAUAGUGUUUUUUUUCGCAGAUGGCAGUCACUCCGGAAAGCACUCCGCCGAAGAUAAGAUGUUUCUUCGAUAUCACUCUGGGUGGGUUACCUGCCGGAAGGGUUGUUUUCGAGUUGCAUCCAGAGAUAGCCCCGAAAACAUGCGAAAAUUUUCGUGCGCUCUGUACUGGAGAGAAAGGAAUUGGUGAAAAAACCGGCAAACCACUCCAUUAUAAGGGAAUCAUUUUUCACCGCGUCGUGAAAGAUUUCAUGGUACAGUCAGGUGAUUUUUCUAAUAGUAAUGGAACUGGAGGAGAAUCUAUUUACGGCGGCACAUUCGACGAUGAAGCUUUUAUUUUGAAGCAUGACAAACCGUUUCUUCUCUCUAUGGCUAACCGUGGAAAGAAUACAAACGGCUCUCAAUUUUUCAUUACAACGCAACCUGCCCCUCAUCUUGAUAAUGUACACGUUGUCUUCGGACACGUAGUUUCUGGUCAUGAUUUGGUGCGACAACUGGAACAAUUGCCUGUAGAUCGAAACUCCCGUCCCCUUCAAGACGCUGUCGUUACCAACUGCGGGGAAUUGAUAAGACAAGUUAAAGAAAAGAAGAAAAAGAAAUCCAAGCCGAGUACAACCGAUGAAUCCGAAGUAGAAGGAUCCAAAAAACGUAAAAAAGAAAAAAAGAAAAAGAAAGAUAAAAAAUCAAAAGAUGACAAAGAAAAUGGUAGCAACCUCGAAGAAGGAGAAUUGAAAGAUGAUGGUGAAGUGCAUCCUUUGACGACAAUCACUAAAAUAAACCCCAGUGAAAUUCCAGAUGUAUCAAACAGAUAUCUAAUGCGAGCUGGUGGUAACCAAAGACAAAAUCACGGAAGCAGUGAUGAGGAUGACGACGAGAAUGGCGAUCACAGUCGUAGAAGAGAGAGGGAUAGACCUCGAGAACAACGUAAUUUUGGGUGGUCUAAACGACGCGUUCCCGUGUCAAAAAGUGGAAGAAUUUUUAAAGGACGUGGAAACUUUCGAUAUCGAACACCUUCCCGUUCUCGUUCUCGAUCACGAAGCCUUACACCAAUUCAUUGGAAAGUUGCGCAAAAACGCACCAUAAAAAUGACGGACUUGGAAAAGAUGGAAGAGGAUAAGCGGCUGCGUGAAGCUGAAAUCAGACGCCGAGAAGCUAAGCGCAGAAUACGUCACGAUGAAUUAGCUAAGGAUGCAUCAAAAAAAUCAUUUUUCGAACUAAACCAGUUGAAAGAACCAGCGUCCGAUAAAAUCGAUGGUGACGGUGCUUUUGAUAGAAAUGAAGAAAAUGUAAUUAAUAAACCAAUAGAUAUGAAUGCUUUAGAUUACGAGCAUCAAGGAACGGGAUCAGAUUUAGACGGAGAUGAAACAUCUAGAAACCCACGACAUGAAUCAAUCGCUAAAGCAUUCGGAUUACAUUCAAGAAAAGAAUACAACAGUCGAGGAAAACAAGAACUUUCAGAUAAAGAGAUUGUUGAAGAUGAAUUUGAAGAUCGACAAGAAAAUCAGAGUCGCGAUAGAACUCAUGCUAAAUUACGUGAAACAAGACGAAACGAACCUAUAUCAGCUGUUUCUAGGAGUCGUUCAAGGGAGCGUAAGAAACAUUUCUCUAGAAGUCACUCAAUUGAUCACCGACGUGAAUACAGACAUCAUUCACCAAUGCCUUAUAGAAGUGCUAAUAGGAACCAAUAUGUGGGACGAUGGUAUAAUCCGAGACGAGGAUUUUUCUCCCCACGUGGUAGAGGCGGGCGCUUUGAUCGCUCCCAACGUUCUAGAAGUUAUGAACGCCGAAGAUCCAGCACACGAUACCGGAGAAAUCGUUCACGAUCUAAAAGGUCCCGAUCUGACGAACGCAGUAGUAAAAGUCGAUCUAAAUCACCACGUCGAACUAAGGAAUAUCGUCAUACCAAAUCCCGAUCUAGAUCUGCACCUCGGAAAUCAUACAGGGCUUCAAGUCCACAGCAGAAACAAAUUAAAGUUGAUGUUAACGUACCUAUAAAAAAAGAAGCCACCGAAGAAGAAAAAAUACGUCUACAAAAAGAAAAAAUGUUGAAGCGUGCAGAAACGUUGCUGCUUUUGAAAAAUCACAUGGAAAAAGAAAUCGAAGAGCAACAACGGAAGGCCAGAGAAAAACAAAAGUUGAAGGAAGAGAGAGAAAAACUGGAGGCUGCAUUAGAACUUGCUCAGCUAGAAAAACUCAAGAAAGAGACAAUAGAAAAGUUACAUGCGCAUGACAGCAUGAAACUGGUUGCAGCACAUAAAAUUCUUGAAACAGUUGUAUCAACCGUAAAAGGUAAAACUAGUAGCAGUAUAUUAAACAAAGUAAAACAACGCCGCAAGCGGAACACAUCUAGUUCAUCGGCUUCUUCAGGUUCAUCCGGUGAUGAUAAAACUCGCAAGAGAAAAAAAGAGAAAAAGAAAAAAAGCCGACGCCAUUCGACUUCUUCAUCUUCGUCAUCCAAUUAAAUGACUAAGAAUAAAUAUGUAUCGAGCUACUUACAGUUUCAAUUGCCAUGAUUUGAUAAAAAGUAAAUAAAACACUACCCCCUAUUCAA